AUGUUAUUUUUCCUCCUGCUCUUCCUGUCGCGCAAGACGCUAGCUGCAAUCGACAGACACGCUCUGGUGUCGCGAUACAAUCCUACCCGCAAUGCAUCCAGCCUCACCACGCCAAUGCAAGUAGGCAACGGAAACUUUGCUUUCGGCACCGACGUUACAGGUCUCCAGACGUUCCAGCCAUUCGCUAUCAUGUCUUCGUGGGGGUGGAAGAACGACACGUUGCCGCAGGGUAAGACGAUGGACGACGUGAAUGACUAUCACGGCGUAAGUUGGUAUAAUCACGGACGUCUCGUCGAGUAUGAUUUUGGUGGUGACCCGCUGAUUGAGCAAUGGCUCACUGCGAAUCCCAACCGUGUCAAUCUGGGAAGGGUGGGGCUGGUGUUUCGGUCUGCCGAGGGAGAGGUACUCAAUGUCACGGAGGGUAAUUUGACGGAUGUUCACCAGGAACUGAAUCUCUGGACGGGAACGAUUACAAGUGGAUUCUGUUUUGGAGGGGAGCCGAUUACUGUGACAACAACGUGUGCACAGGACCGAGACACCGUUGGAAUCAGUAUCGAGUCCGCACUGUUGAGUGAUGGUCAGUUGGGCGUGUUCGUAGAUUAUCCAUGGAAUGAUGGUUUGGCAAUGUUCAGUGGACCGUUCGUCGGAAACUGGGAUGCUCCUGCGAACCACACGACUUCGAUCGGUAUUGACGUGGACGACCACAAUGCAGAGAUUACACACACGCUCGACGAAGCCUCAUUCAUUACUUCUUUUGACAGCGACACUUUCACCAUAUCCCGCGACUCUCCCGAUGCUCAUCGUUACACCAUCCUACCCGGAGACUCUACAGCGACUUUCCGAUUGGCAAUUUCCUAUGGUAUCACGAGCCCGGGUGGCAGGACGAGUUACGAGGCCACCGAUGUUUCAUCCCGAACGACUUGGGACGCUUUUUGGUCACAAAGCGGUUUCGUUGACGUAUUUACGGAGUCUUCGGACCCGAGAGCCGACGAAUUGCAAAGAAGGAUUAUUCUGUCGCGGUAUUUGUUGCGUGUGAAUGAGGCAGGAGAUACCCCGCCGCAGGAGUCCGGGCUAGUGAAUAAUGGCUGGGCUUCGAAUUCACUGCCUGUAUACUAUAGCAAAUUCCACAUGGAGAUGUACUUUUGGCACGAGGCCCACUGGGCUCUCUGGAACAACUGGGAACUGCUCAACCGAUCUACUGGCACUUAUGCCAAAUUCCUACCAUCCUCGAUAGCCAGGUCGCAGGAGCAGCAACACUGGCCCUCCGGUGCACGAUGGCCAAAGAUGACCGAUCCUUCAGGUCGUUCAUCCCCAGGCGAUAUAAACAAUCUGCUCAUCUGGCAGCAGCCGCACCCGCUCAUGUUUGCUCAGUAUGAGUACCGGGCAUUACCCACGAUGGAGACGCUGCGCAAGUGGGAGGACGUGGUUCAGGAAACGGCGGAUUGGAUGGCGGAUUUUGCGUGGUAUAACGAGUCCACAGGCGUCUAUGAUCUUGGACCGCCCAUGUACGUCGUCAGCGAGGACACAAGUCCGAAUGUAACAGUGAAUCCCGCAUUCGAAUUGGCGUAUUGGCGUUUGGGAUUGGGCUAUGCCGAAGAAUGGAUGCAGAAUCUCGGUGCAGAGGUCCCGAAGAAUUGGACGGUAGUCAAAGACAAUCUGGCCACACUUCCUGUUAACAACGGCACAUACAAGGUGUAUGAAACACUCGAAAACAACUUUUGGACUGAUCCGGCGUAUACUAACGAUCACCCCGCAGUACUGGAAUGUGACGAACUUCUGGGGGUGCGCUCAGUCCAUAUGCCCUUUUUCUUGGUAGCUGAACCGUUUACAGAUGGGAUUUCCCGAUGCUUGCAAUGUCGUCUGCGCGCUAAUGGGGAUGUCGAGGAGGCUGUCGAGUGGUUGCUAAACCCUCUUUUCAACUUUGACGAUGUUGGGAUGCCAUUAACUAAUGUGCGUAUCCCUCCGCCAUAUUUUCCGGGCUCAGGUGGGCUCUUGUACGCUGUUGCAAUGAUGGCAUGUGGAUGGGAUGGCAGUGAAGAGAAUGCGCCAGGAUUUCCGAAAGACGGCUGGGUUGUUCGCUGUGAGGGUUUGAGUAAAGCAUUGUAGUUGACAAGUAUUUUCGUACCUUUGACCAAGUAGCUCGUAGUCCAGGCGAUAGUGAAAUUCUUCAUAGUUUCAAGUCAUGAUAACCGCUGCAACAAAUUCGGAAGUUUCACGUCUGAACUGCACCAUGCAGGCGUCACUGCCAAGCAUUCGUUUUCAAGAAUUCACCUCCUACUACGAUCCCAAUGUCGCCUGCGACGUGCUCGGAGACAACCAUGACACGGUAUCUAUGGAUACACAAACUCAUGAGAUUUUCUCCCCCUCGUGGCCCAAAUUUAUGGCCUCAGCCAUCCAUGGCUUUCGCCAGGGAAUCUUCGAGUAGAUUCUCGU